AUGGAUGCUGCAGCGCAUUCACUCCCUUCAAGCCAGAUAUCAGACUGCGCCAUGGAUAGCUCUCUCCCUUAUCGCGAAGACCCCGACGAAAAAGGGCAUCACGCCGACGCAAAUGCCACCGACGACGAUGUCCGCAAGAUUACCGGGUUUCGUUGGUUUCUGAUAUGCGCUGCUCUGUAUUUGUCUGCUCUGAUGUAUGGACUUGAUACAACCAUCGCUGCGGAUGUGCAAGGCGCCGUGAUUGAGAGAUUCGGGGAUGUGUCGCAGCUUGCCUGGAUUGGAGCGGGUUUCCCGCUCGGCUCAGUCGCCGUGAUUCUCCCCUACGGAUUUCUCUAUACUGUCAUGAACAUGAAAUGGCUUUACAUUGCUGGCAUCGUGUUAUUUCAAGGUGGUUCCGCUCUCUGUGGCGGCGCACCGACCAUGGAUGCCCUCAUCGUCGGUCGUGUGAUUGCAGGCGCUGGGGGUACAGGCAUCUACCUCGGCGGACUCAAUCAUUUCUCUGCCAUGACCACUCGCAACGAACGCGGCACUUAUCUGACAGGGACCGGAUUUGUCUGGGGCGUGGGUGCCAUCCUGGGUCCCGUCGUGGGAGGCGGAUUCUCCGACUCCUCUGCCACCUGGCGCUGGGGCUUCUACCUGAAUCUGGUGAUCGGAGCCAUCACGGCCCCCGUCGCCGCAAUGUGGGUUACCUUCGCACUCGGCUUCAUCUCGGCAGGAGGCAUCUGGGCGUGGGAUUCUGGGGCGACCAUCACCUUAAUCGUGCUCUUCGACGUCCUAUUCAUUCUCUACGCCCUCCAACAAUACUUUUGCAUCUUCACCAUACCUCAAACCCGCUCCUUCCCCGGUCACCUCCUCCGCUCCCGCACCCAAAUCCUCCUCUACAUCACAACUACCUGCGCCAACACCGCCAUGUUCUUCACAACCUUCUACAUCCCGAUCUACUUUCAAUUCACCCGUAACGACUCUUCCUUAAUGGCAGCUGUUCGUCUCCUCCCGUACCUCCUCGUAACCAUCACCAUCAACCUCGCCAUCGGCUGGCUGCUCCCAAAGGCCAGAUACUACAUGCCGCUUUGUCUCAUCUCGGGCAUCCUCCUUACCCUCGCUAGUGCCCUCUUUGUCGGAUAUCUCUGUCCUUCUACCCCUGCGGGACAGAUCUACGGCUUCACUAUUCUCAUGGCCGUCGGCACGGGUAUGACCAUGCAGCUGGGGUACGCGGUAGCUAGUCUCAAGGUACCUCCCGAGGAUAUAUUUAGCGCAAUCAAUUUGCAGAAUUUUGCGCAGAUUGGGGCCACGGUUAUCUGUCUUGUGGUGGCAAGUCAGGUGUUUCAGUCCACUGCUGUAGAGAAUCUGAAUGCGGUGCUGGAUGGGAGCGGGUAUAGUGAGACGGAGAUUCGGAACGCGGUGGCCGGGGUGCAGAGUACGUUGUUGAAGAGCUUGAGUGGGGAGCUGAGAGAACGGGCUAUUAAGGCUAUUACGGAUGCGAUGGCGAGGGCGUUUAUCAUUCCGUUGGUUGCUGGGGCUGUUGGGGUAGUGAGUUCGUUGGGGAUGAGGAGGGAGAGGUUGUUUGGGUAG